UUCACACACGCUUGGAAAGUGUUACGUGACCCUCUUCUCUACCUACAUAUUUACAUCCAUUCAUUUUAUGUUUCCAAAGGGAGUAUCACAUGUGUAUGUAUCAUAAUUAAACUCCAUGCUCAUGUGUUUUGCAUAGAUAAGAGUGAAGAAUUGGCAAUCAACAUGGAGAACGGAUAUAUCAACCCGGCACCAAGUCCACUUAGGAAAAUCAUCACGGUUGCAUCCAUUGCUGCCGGCAUCCAGUUUGGGUGGGCUCUGCAGCUGUCUCUCCUGACACCCUACGUCCAGACCCUUGGUGUACCCCACGCUUGGGCUGCUUUCAUUUGGCUUUGCGGUCCCAUUUCUGGCCUUCUGGUUCAACCCAUCGUGGGAUACAACAGUGACCGUUGCACCUCUCGGUUCGGCCGACGCCGACCCUUUAUUGUCAUUGGAGCUCUCUCUGUCUCCAUAGCUGUCUUCCUCAUCGGUUUCGCCAAAGACAUUGGCCACCAUGCGGGAGAUUCCUUGGAGAGAACGACCAAACCGAGAGCUGUAGCCAUCUUUGUCGUCGGGUUUUGGAUCCUCGACGUGGCUAACAACAUGUUGCAAGGUCCGUGUCGAGCUCUCCUCGCGGACCUCUCGGCUAAUGACCACAAAAAGAUGAGAACAGCGAACGGGUGGUUCUCGUUUUUCAUGGCGGUAGGCAACGUGUUGGGUUACGCCGCCGGUUCUUACUCCCACCUUUACAAGAUCUUCCCUUUCACCAAAACUACAGCCUGCGACAUGUACUGUGCAAAUCUCAAAUCAUGCUUCACCAUAGACAUCAUGAUCCUCUUGUUAGUAACAGUAACCGCAGUCACAACCGUGAAGGAAGAUCCCUUUACCAAGCAAAUCCAAGAUGAUGGGAGCAAAGAAUCGACUCCUUUCAUAGGUGAAAUGAUAGCAGCUUUCAAGAGCUUGAAGAAACCAAUGUGGAUCCUGCUGCUAGUGACUUGCCUCAAUUGGAUAGCUUGGUUCCCAUUCUUGUUGUUCGACACUGACUGGAUGGGCAAAGAGAUUUACGGUGGGGAAGCCAAGGGAGAUGCACAUAAAAUUAAGCUUUACGGUGAUGGGGUUCGAGCUGGUGCAUUAGGGUUGAUGAUUAACUCCAUCGUCUUGGGGUUGACUUCACUGGGGUUAGAGCCUGCAGGGCGGUUGAUCGGUGGAGUCAAGAACUUGUGGGCAAUCGUCAACUUCAUCUUGUGUGCGUGCUUGGCGUCUACGGUGUUGAUCACAAAGAUGGCUGAGGCUUGGAGACAACACCAUGGGUCCCCACUCACCCAUCCUCCAUUGAACAUUACAGGCUCUGCUUUGGCUGUAUUCGGUGUCUUGGGUAUUCCACUUGCGGUAACAUACAGUAUUCCAUUCGCUUUGGCAUCCAUCUACUGUUCUAGUACUGGUGGUGGUCAAGGUCUUUCUCUAGGAGUGCUAAACUUGUCUAUAGUUAUCCCACAGAUGUUCGUAUCAGUAAUUAGUGGACCGUUGGAUGAUGCAUUCGGGGGUGGCAACUUGCCUGCUUUUGUGCUGGGGUCCAUAGCGGCUGCUGUCAGUGCGUUGUUGGCUAUAUUGGCAUUGCCGAACCCACCUAAACAAGUGUCCCUUUCGCCAGGAAUGGGUGGUGGUCAUUAAUAAAUAAUCAAUUCCACAGCUUCUGAUCAGCCUCUUUGCAUGCCAACAAUGUGUUUCAAGUUUUAUGAUUUGCUUGGUGUAGUUUCAUAUAAAUAUUUGCUUUGAUGCAAUGCAGUCAUGGCUUAGUCCCAUGCCUCUCCUUAUGUAUUUUUAAGGUUUCCAUAUAUAGGGAAGUUUGCAGGGAAAUCCUUUUUAUUUCUCUAAGAUUUGUAAUCUAAGCUUAUAAUUUCCAAUAUAUCAGAACCUUCGAAAAUGAAAAUUUGAAAGCAA